AUGGCAUUCCUCAACUUUCGCGAAAUCUGGGACACGCUCCGGGGCAGAGAAAGGAGACAGAGGGCGCCGCCUCCACACGACAUCGUUUUCCAACGCAGCCCCCCGAAAUCAAUCUCGGAAAAGCAAUCGCAGCACCCAGACGAGAACCAUAAUUCGGAGGAGACCCCGGCGCAGACCGCUGCGCGCAUCAAGAUCGAGGAGGCCGCCGCGGAGGAGUUCCUGAAUUCCAACGUCAAGGAAUGCCCUGGCUGUUGUCGUGCGAUCAUGAAGAACUUUGGCUGCGACGAGAUGGAAUGUUGCUGCGGGCAGGUCUUCUGCUGGAUUUGCCUGGCCAAGAGCAAGGUUGAUUCGAAGUAUUUUUGGGGCGACUGGCAUGCCCGGACGUGCCGCUACAGUACCGCUACCAACCCUUGCAUCUUUUUUAUGACUCUGCGAAAUCGCUGA